AUGUCCAAGUCCAAAAGGGAUGUCAAAGAGCACCACAAAGAAGUGACAUGCUUUGCGCUUUUUGAACCCGAAGGCAGUCUUUUAAGUGGAUCCAGUGAUAAAACUAUCAGGGUGUGGAAGAUGGUCAACCAGAAACUGGAAUGCAUAGAAGUAAUAACUACAACAGAACCAAUCCACAAAAUCGAGACAUGCGGUCAGCAGACCUUUCUAAUUACUGAGAGUCGUGGACUAAAGUUGUUUGAUGAGUCCAGAACUGCCAAAGUUAUUUGCAAGAGUAAACAAGUGAAAUGCUUGACAGUAAAUCAGAGAAAACUUUACCUGGGAUGCACAGAUUCAUCUAUCCAGGAAGUGGAUGUACCAAAUGAUCAACAUCGAGAACUUAAAUCUCCGGCAAAGAGAUGGCUCAAGCAAAAGAAGCCAGCAAAUUCAGUGGUUGUUUAUCGAGACUGGCUUUAUGUUGCAAGUUCCAUAGUUGAAGGUUCAAACUUCAAGGUAUGCACUGAAGUUUGA